AUGGAGAUGGAGGAGACAGAGACAGAGACAGAGGAGUCCCGCGUCCGACGCUUUGUGUGCGUUCAGCUCCGACAGCAGCCCGACCUCAGCACGCUCACUUUAGGGAUUUUAAAAAGGAGAUAUCUGGCACAUGUGCAAUGUGAAUCCUUAAGUCCAGAGGCCAGAACUAUCAUGAAACAGGUGGUAGAAGAGGAACUGAUGAAAAUGCAGGACAAUGAUGAAAAUGGAAGUGAGUUGGAGACCAGCAAGAAGCCCCAAAACAAAAGGAAGAGAGAAGAAGAUGAGGUGAUAAGUGGGAAAGAAGAAGAAGAAGAUGAUGAUGAUGAUGAACAGUCCACGGCAAAGAAAUCACGUCGUCAGUCAAGUUCACCAUCAAAAUCUGUGGAAAAAGAUGACUCCAAAACAGGAAGUGAGAGUGAGGAAGAAGAGAUAAUUAAAUCUGAAACUGAGGACGCAGAGCAAGAGGUGAAAAAAUUACAGCAAAAGACAAAAGCAAACAGUAAACAACAUAUUAGCAGUGAAGACUCAACAGAUGAGGAAAACGAGAAGAACAAGAGUAACUGUGCAGAAAAUCCAAAAGAAAUGGUGAAGAAGAGAACUAAUGCUACAAAGAAUGGAGAGAAGAGAAGCAGCAAUACAAGUCAAGGAAAGAAAACGCCACAAAGUGAUGAAGAAAAUGAAACUGACGCGGAUAGCAAGUCAGAAAAGAGUGAGAAAAUCAACGGCAAUGACUCCUCAGACGACAGUGGAAAAGAUGAAAAAGUCUCGGUGGAACACAAAAAUGACGACUUAGACUCUGAUUCGUCGUCGCUCCCCUCAUUGGACGAUGAACAGCAUAGAGUAAAAGAAAAAACGCAAGAUGAUAAAAAGAAGAAAGCCCCAAAAAAAGAGAAGAUAAAGGAGGAGAAAAAAGAAAAGAGCGCAAAAAGUCAAAAGGAUGAAGACAAAGCUGUUUUGAGGCUCAAGCGCUACAUUUCUCUUUGUGGUUUGAGGCCGAAUUACAAGAAGCUCCUCGAUGGCUGUCGCUCUGUCCGCUCCCAGGUGGCUGUUCUGAAGAAGGAGCUUGACGGUCUUGGUGUCGAUGGUCAGCCAUCUAUUAAGAAAUGCAAAAAAGUCAGAAUGAAAAGAGAGGAAUCUCGGGAACUAGCUGAACUCGAUGUCAGCAACAUCAUUGCCACAACAGGUCGACCGAAACGCAGAGGAGCCUCAGCAUGGCAGGAUCAGAAUAGCCCUCCGUCCUCGACAUAUCUGCGCUCUCUGAACUCUGGCUCUGAUAGCGACGAGGAAAACAACUCCCACAGAGGGCAGAGGAGAGCUACAGACUGGGCCAACCUGCAGGGGAUCAUCAGCGACGAUGCAGAAAGCAACUGACAGCGACACCUCCACUUGCGCUCUAUCCAUUUGGAUAUGAGCGUUUCCUUUUCUUUGAUCAAAUUGGGUGUAUAAAUUAUUUUCAUACCAUUGCAAAGUAUUUCUUUCAUCUUUUGGAGAAAAAAAAUGAUAAAUUAGGUUAAAUGUAUUGU